CCCGGGCGGGGCGGGAGCGGGCCGGGCCGGAGCCGCAGCGCCGAGGGCUGCUGGCGGGCGGAGGCUCGGCCAUGGGCGAUUACCAGAUCUCGGUGGAGGAGCUCAACGAGCUCCUGUCUAACGGGAGCGGCUGCUACAGCCUGCCCAGCGCGCACAGCAACGAGGUGGUGCCGCGCAUCCACGUGGGGAACGCGUUCAUAGCCAAGAACAUUAUGAGGCUGCAGCGCCUGGGGAUAACCCAUGUUCUGAAUGCAGCAGAGGGGAAAUCAUUCAUGCAUGUGAACACUAAUGCAGAGUUCUAUGAAGGCACAGGCAUCAGAUACCAUGGCAUUAAAGCUAACGAUACACAGGAGUUCAACCUCAGCCGCUAUUUUGAGGAGGCAGCUGAUUUUAUUGACAAAGCCCUUUCCCAGAAAGAUGGCCAGGUGUUCGUGCACUGCCGGGAGGGCUACAGCCGCUCGCCCACGCUGGUCAUCGCCUACCUGAUGCUGCGGCGGAGCAUGGACGUGCGCAGCGCGCUCUGCGCCGUGCGCCAGAAGCGCGAGAUCGGCCCCAACGACGGCUUCCUCCGGCAGCUGUGCCAGCUCAACGAGCGCCUGCUGAAGGAGGGCAAGAUCAAGCCCUAGAGCACGGCACAGCAGCGGUGGUUUCUUCAGCUCCCCAAAGCUUUAGAGGAAGGCUUAGGCGCUUCAGAGACGCAAAUUUCAACCACCGUGCUAAAGCGAGACGGAAUUCCUGCUUGUCUGGUGAAAGAACCUUCUGGAACUCUGACUCUUUCGAGAUGGGACAAAGUUGUGUCACUGUUUGGAGCUGUUGCCAUAAAGAGAUGUUUUUAGAGGGGUAACUCCAGUGAUAAGAGCUGUCUUCACACACAUUGCAGAGCCCUUGCAGAUUCCAUAGCAUAUGUGGUUUGCAUUGACAUUGAAUGUGAUUUAUUUAAGCUUUGUCUUUAGUCUCACCAGUUCCCAAAAGUUCCCAACACAUCUCUUCACUCACUCUUAAUAAGAGCACUGUAAUUUCUAAAGCUUCUUUUUCAUGCACACAGGUGCCUAAAGUUUGAAUGUAGGAGCUUCAAGGAAUGGGAAGCAUAUAUACAAAUGCACAGAUGCAUUCACUUGGAAAAUAAAGUGCAUGCAGUGUUUUGUGUGGAUUUAUGCAAUUCACAGUGUGAGAGUAAAGCCAUUCAGAGCCCAUGCUUGAUGCACCCUGUCUUUCCAAGAUUAGUUUUUUAUCUCUUCUGUUACGAUGGACAUGAAAUAGUCUGUUAUUAAAUACUCUUUUAUUUUUAUUUUGAAAUCAUACUAGAAAAAGAAUGUCAAGAGCAAAUGCUGAGGGAAGAACUUGAACAAGGAAGAAAUAAUACUUGUAUUUAGAAAUGUUUGUGGUGGAUGUAUAGUUAAGACCUAAGUAUCCUAAUAUAAUGCCUUUCAAAGCUUGUAUGGAAUUACAGUGUCUUUAUCUCUUCUUUAUUCUCACUGUUCAGUGACAGAAUGGAAUGACCACACAUGCAGAUUACUUCCAGAACAGGUGUGCUUACAAAGCAGUUUGCAGAAGAACACUCUUGACUUCUUGGAUUGCUUGCAUGGUAUCAUUAAAUAAAAAUGAGCAUUGUAAUGUACCACACCGUAUAGGAAAUAUUUACAUUCUAUUCAAAUAAAUGAUGAUUUGAUUCUGUUUACUACA